AUGGCCAACCUGCACGUCCGUCCAUCCGCAACGGCCUCGGCCUCGUCAGCGACAACAGUGACUGCCGACGGUCAUGUGCACAAGGCAUACCGCCCACGCCAAGGCCCAGCCCCCGCUCGCUCUUUCCUGGCAAUCAAACUGAAGCAGUAUGAGUACACUUUCGGCUUGUAUAUGAUGGAGCCGUGGGAAAAGGCCUGCUUCAACACUGUUAUCCUCCUUUUCGCCUUUUUCAUCGUUUACGCCGUUUACUGGUAUCUCCCCUCAACCGCCUACAAUCUGGUAGCAAAGGCAACCUACUACUUGUCGGCAACAAGCACGAACGCCAGCCCUUCCACCGGUCGGGCCUUCCGGUGA